AUGAAGCCCUCGACGAUCGUUCUUUGUCUUGUCCCGACGAUAGCCCUCGCCGCCGACGCCGACCGGGCACCUUCUCCCACCCCCUCCCUGCCGAAUACCACCCCGCCUGCACCCUUACCAGAGAUUCAAAUCCGGCCCGACCAGGAAACUGUGCUGGGGAUCCCACAAGACAUCCGUCAAUGGCAGGAGCGGGAGAUACAGGCCAGCGAGGAUACCGGUGCGGACCAAGGGUUGACUCUCGAUAGCGGACUGGGGACGCUGGCCGCCUCCUCCUCGAGGGACACCAAGGCUCUGCGUGCUCGCAGUGAAGGAACCCUCGGACAGACGCCGUGGAUUGGAAUGGCCAUCGGCUUGACCUGUACCGCGCUGGCGGCAGUUAUGCUGGGUUGA